CCACAACCAUGGAACGAGGAAUCAGUCUCAGCAAGGCUGAUAUUGUUGAGAAUAUAUUUCUAUGUUUUGAGUCAGUGAAUGGGUCUUGCAAAAGGUCAAUCUUUCCUCCAACAAUACGAGUAUUACUUUAUCUCUUACUUGGCUCAAUGUCUGUUCUCACAGUGUGUGGCAACCUUCUUGUAAUCAUCCCCAUCAUUCACUUCAAACAGCUCCACACCCCAACCAACUACCUCAUCCUCUCUCUGGCUGUGUCAGACCUCCUCUUGGGGGUUUUAGUGAUGCCUCCCAGAAUGGUAUAUUCAGUGGAAAGCUGCUGGUAUUUUGGAGAUUUAUUCUGUAAAAUCCAAACCAGCACUGAUGUUAUGUUGAGCAAUACAUCCAUUCUUAACUUGUGUUUUAUUUCUAUUGAUAGGUAUUAUGCAGUGUGUCGCCCUCUCCUUUACAGAACUAAAAUAACUGUUCACUUUGUUCUGAUUAUGAUGCUGGUCAUCUGGACUGGUUCUGCUAUAGUAGUGUUUGGAAUAGUAUUUCUGGGGAUCAAUAUUUGGGGCAUGGAGGAUUUUUACUAUAAUAAUGUUGCCUGUGAGGGAGAAUGUUCCCUGUUCACUCAUUGC